GCUUGCUAGCUUUGAAUGUGCGUGUGUGGUGUCUGUGCAACUGUGUCUCUGUCGGUCUCAUUUCUUCUAAAUAUAUUUUUUUUUCUCUGCAAAUCACACUUAAAUUUUUUAAAUCAUCACUAGUUUUUACUUAAUUUUCUUUUUACUCACCACCCAUUUGCUUAUUCUUGAAUCUUGAUCUUUAAUCUUUGAUCUUCCAUUUCCCAGAUUUUGAUCUUGAUCUUGAUUUAAUAGUUCAUACCCAACUCUUCGAUUCUUGAUUUAAAAUCUUUAAUCUGAUCACUGAUCGAUCUUUUUCACGAUUGCCAACUUUUUUUCUCAUCUGGGUUUGUUUUAGAUCUCUUAAAAUGUUGGAUCCAAGUCCAGAAAGAUUAGAGUUUGAAGAAGCAUCAUCAGAGAAAAAAACUUGUGCUGAUUGCGGUACUUCAAAAACACCGCUCUGGAGAGGCGGACCAGCUGGUCCUAAGUCACUGUGCAACGCAUGUGGGAUUAGAAGCAGGAAAAAGAAGAGAGAUAAUUUGAGUUUAAACAGAGCAGCAAAUUUCGAGAAGAAAUCAAGAAAAGGGCAAAAUCAAAGUAAUAAUAAUAAUAAUAAUAAUAGGUUAGGAGAUGGAUUAAAGCAGAGAUUAUUGGCUUUGGGUAGAGAAGUUUUGAUGCAGAGAUCAAGUGUUGAGAAGCACAGGAAAAAAUUAGGUGAAGAAGAACAAGCUGCUGUACUAUUAAUGGCCUUGUCUUAUGGUUCUGUUUAUGCUUAGAAAAAAAUAAUUUUUAGGAAAUAAUAAUUAUGGAAUUUAAUUAUUUUUGUACUAGUAGUUUUGCUGACCCAAUUUGAUGAUUAAGUUGUAUGAUUUAAUGUGUUUUAUUUAAUUAAGAUUAUGAUUUGUGGCUAAUUGUAUUUGUGAAGUUCGUAAGAAAUUCAAGCAUUUGAUUAUUGUUA